AAGAGAGAGAGAGCAAGGAGAACAAUGGGGGUAAACGCGAGGUAAACGCGUGGCAGGGUUAGGGGUGCCCAGGUAGGUUAGGGUCUGCAAACAAGGACAAAUGAAUCCGUUGGGGCGUUGAAGUCCCAACUUACUUAUACACAGGCCCAUUCCUCUUCCUUCCCUUCCCUGCGACGCCCACUCAGACCUCGACCCCCUCGUCCUCGCUGCUGGGUCUAACCAAGGCCCUACAGUGCAGGACGAGUCUUCUGGGCGGGUCUGAUGCGUUGUUCGCUCGUCGCGCUUUUUGACUUCGCUCUUUCUCAUCUCGCCGUUCUACCCUGGUGGUCGCGGCUGGAGUUUAGUGAUGGAGGGGUGAACGGGCGAGGUGAUGGUACCAGGUCUACCUUUGCUGCUGCUGUUCCCAGGCAGCAACGUUCGCCCUCUAGCCUCUACCGCCGACCAUUCGACAUCACUACAAACCCCAACAUCCUCAUCUGCUCUGCUUUGCCGAUCGACACCUGUCCUUUCACCCCGCACAUGCCAAGUGCAUUCCCCCUCGUGCCUUAUGCAUCUAACGCCCUCGACAGGUGUUGCGAUACCUCCCAAAUCCCUGGUUCUUCAGUACUCAACUCUAUUUCCGUCAAUUUACCUUGUAGGGGCUCGAUGUACCCGUUACUGCUCUAUGUAAGCCUCCCUGCCCAUUUCUAUGUCACUCUACACCUUCUAACGCCUUCGUUUGCGCAUCGUCACAGCCCCACGCACCUGUACUUGCGCUGUACCCAUGAACACCCACGUUCCAGUAUCUCGAAGCCACCAACGCCCCUUGUUCUCUCACAGAACAUGCACUUCUGCCAUCGUUCUCACCUAGCACAUGCCCAACGCCGUCGUUCGGUCUUCUCGUACCCACCAGCACCCUUGGAUGUACGGCCUGCAUGCACACUAUACCCCCCUCCUGCAUCCUACUCUUCGAACAUGCCCGUUCGCACACUACAGCCAGCAAUACCGCCGUUCGGUGCCAUUCCAGGUGCUGAUACCCUCUUUCUCUCACCCUACACCCCCAACCCUCGUUGUUACACAACGGCGUGGCUACCAAUGCCCUCGUUCUCAUGUUGUACCCACCAACUGCCCUCGUCAUUACACCGACACCAUUGUUUCUCCUACCCCAGCAUGCCUAUCACCUCCCCCUCUGACCAGGAAUGUCCCUCCUACCUCUACCCCCAUCCUACGCCCUCACAUGUCGAUAGUGGAAUAUUCGCUCGAUGCCCUUUUUUAAUUUAAUGUCCGUAGUCAGCCUGGAGUAUCUCUCACCUACUGUACGUACUACUGGAACCUAUAACACCUGUUUGCUUAAGAGAAAAAAGCCUGAUCUCCGUCUGCCCAAGAGACUUGAAAAAAAAAAAAAAAAG